ACGUGAUGAUCAGUCAUCAAGAACACGUGUACGUAUAAGAUUGAAAGUUGUCGGCUUUGGAAAUCCAAAUGGAAUUAUAAAUAUCUUGUCCGGUGGGAGGUGUUUGGGGAAAAGUGCACUCCUCCUUUCUCAUCGUCUUCCUGCCUGCUUACUUUAAACAUGGAAACCAAACUCAAAUCUGUUACAGCGACGCUCUUUCUGUGCUUGCUCUUGUGUCCGUUGGUUUUCUGCGAGUCUAAUGAUGGGUUGCUCCGGAUUGGUCUCAAAAAGAGGAAACUUGAUCAUAAUAACAGGGUUGCUUCCCAGAUUGAUUCCAAGGAAGGAGAGGCUCUGAGAGCUGCUCUCCAAAAGUAUCGUCUGGGUGGGAAUUUGGCUGAGUCUGAGGACAUUGAUAUUGUAUCUCUCAAGAAUUACAUGGAUGCUCAAUACUUUGGUGAGAUUGGUAUUGGCACUCCCCCUCAGAAGUUCACUGUGAUAUUUGAUACUGGUAGUUCAAAUUUGUGGGUACCUUCAUCUAAGUGUUAUUUCUCGAUUGCGUGCUAUUUACAUCCGAAAUACAAGUCAAGCAGUUCGAGCACCUACAACAAAAAUGGUAAGCCUGCAGCCAUCCAGUACGGAACUGGAGCUAUUUCUGGGUUCUUUAGUGAAGAUCAUGUCACAGUUGGCGAUCUUGUGGUUAAAGAUCAGGAAUUUAUUGAGGCAACAAAGGAACCCGGCAUCACAUUCCUGGUAGCUAAAUUUGAUGGGAUACUUGGACUUGGAUUUCAAGAGAUUUCAGUUGGAAAUGCUGUACCUGUGUGGUAUAACAUGGUCAAUCAGGGUCUCCUGAAGGAACCAGUUUUCUCAUUCUGGUUUAACCGUAAUGCUGAUGAAGAAGAAGGAGGUGAAAUUGUUUUUGGUGGAGUGGACCCCAAUCACUACAAGGGAAAGCACACAUAUGUCCCUGUUACACAGAAAGGCUAUUGGCAGUUUGACAUGGGUGAUGUUAUGAUUGAUGGUCAAACUACUGGAUUUUGUGCUGAUGGCUGUUCGGCAAUUGCUGAUUCUGGAACUUCUUUGUUGGUUGGCCCAACGACUAUUAUCACUGAACUUAAUCAUGCCAUUGGAGCCUCUGGGAUUGUAAGUCAAGAGUGUAAGACUGUAGUUGCAGAAUAUGGGGAAACCAUAAUUGAGAGAAUUUUAGCAAAGGAUCAACCAGCGAAAAUCUGCUCUCAGAUUGGUUUGUGCUCAUUUGAUGGGACUCGUGGUGUUAGUAUUGGACUCAAGAGUGUUGUGGAGGAGAACGCUCACAAGGUUUCUGGUGGCUUAUCUGAUGCGACAUGUUCUGCUUGUGAGAUGACGGUUGUAUGGAUGCAAAACCAGCUCAAGCAGAAUCAGACACAGGAACGAAUUCUUGACUAUGUGAAUCAGCUCUGUGAUCGGUUGCCUAGCCCAAUGGGAGAAUCUGCAGUUGAUUGUGGUGGUUUGUCUUCCAUGCCCAAUGUUUCCUUUACAAUUGGUGGACAAACAUUUGAUCUCACCCCUGAGCAGUACGUACUCAAGGUAGGCGAGGGAGAUGUAGCACAAUGCAUUAGUGGAUUUACUGCUUUGGAUGUCCCGCCUCCCCGCGGACCUCUCUGGAUCUUGGGAGAUGUAUUCAUGGGUCGCUACCAUACCGUGUUUGACUAUGGCAAUGAGAGAAUCGGGUUUGCGGAAGCUGCAUAGAUAAAUAUUAGCUUCUCAUGUUCAGCUUGUUCUCGUCGCUUAUUCUCGCUUUUACGCGUUGGAGUUUCAGUGUAUCCUAUCUAGUACUGGGAGUGAAUCAUAAUUGCGUGUAAAUAUAUCAGCGUGUGGCCUUUAUCCGAUGUAUUUUCAACGUUGCGCAUAGACUGAGAAAAUGUAUAUUUUCCGACACUGUUUUCAGAUGCGAUACAUUUUGUCGAUCGUUGUGUGUGUAUAUAUAUAUGUACUUGCGUUUGUGCCACCUA